GCCUCAGUAGUGUUACGGUUGUCUGACUUGACUCCACAAUCUGCAGACAGCUUCUCCCAUCACAAAAUUGUGAUUCUCGCAAGGAUUUGGCCGAGCUAUUUGUAAUGAGUUAGUUCGACACGAUUAUGGGAAAUUUCAUUGGCAACGCUAGAAUAUUACCACAUUAUUCAGAAGACCUAAGAAUUCAUGUGAAGAAAAUAACUUCGAUUCCUCUUGGAGAUGAGGUCGAAAAAAUACGCAACAAAGGACGUCUCAGUGAACACGACCGUGCAAGUAUCAAAUUCCUAAAAGCGGCCAUCCAUUUCAUACCUAUGGCAAAAGAAGAUGGAGCUGAUUUUGAAAAUGCCGCUUUCAUACUUACCCACCCAGGCAGGCAGUUUGUUGUUAUAGCAGGAAAGGGUGACUGGGAGUAUUACUUUUCCGAGGAUAAAAUCGGCGACAUAACCGGUCGAUGUGUCCGCAGACCCUGGCUGAUGUACCUCUGGAACAAAGUCACAUCUAGUUUUUCUCGCAUCGCCACGUUGUUGUCUGUUGCUGGUCUAAUCCUCAAGGCCUUAAUGCCUGCUCAAGAGUGAUCCUUUAGAACUAAAUAUCAGCGUUUUGUCUCAUUUGGUCGUGCAUUUUAGAGCGCAAAACAUUCUAGCUAAGGGUACCGGUUUAGUUAAUUUCUUUGCGAUACACAGAACGGAAGUUGCCUUCUUAGUUCCCGCCGGAUUGCUAUGUUCUGAAAGCCGCUCUUGUAGAUUAAAUUGUUAAGUACUGAUAAGUAAAUGCAGGGAGAUUUUGGACGCGACCUCGCUUUGAAAAGGCCUCAAUGGAAAAAGAGAGUGUUGUGAAGUGUUGUUACGAUUCGAGGUUAUUCAAAGGUUAACAUUCAAAGAUUGUGUUAGUCUUACCCCUUUGGGAUAGUUUUCCGUGUUGUCUUUCUCCUCUAGUUGUGCAAUUACUCGAACAUGAAAUUUUGUUUCUGGACUGGUCGUGUUGAGUACUUGACUUUAUUUUGAGUUUUUAAAAAUUCCAAUCAUUGUGUGAGUCUUAUCAGAUUCAGAAAUCCGGAAGGUUGAACUCGUAAUUUUUUCGUUAAAUAUAGUUUGUGCUGACUAUUUUUGAGACUUGUUUCUCGAAAAAUGGCGUUCGUCGGUGGUCAUGUUUGGAUGUCCUUAGUGGACUUGUAUAAAAAAAUACAUUUGACCGGUUUGAACAAGAGAUUUAACUCUGCAAAGACAGUCAGCUCAUUACCCACACUCCCACCAAUAGGGUACUUAAGAGCGUGCACUAGAGCGAGUUAAAGAGAGACAAGUUAGUUAGGCAUAGAAAGUAAAAUAAAGUAGAAGAGAACUAAGA